UUCAUUAGUUAUAUUUUGACAAGAAAACCUUCAUUCAGUCUUUUCUGCCGUUCAGCAAGCUUCGUGCGACGUGAAGAAAAUGGCAAAACGACUCAGCUCGCAGCUCUUUGUUAGCAGAUUAUCGUUCUACACCACAAAUCAGAAACUGGAACAAUUGUUUUCACCAUUUGGAGUUGUGAAAGAAGCUCGGCUUGUUGUAGAUCCAGAAACUCGAAAACCUAGGGGAUUCGGUUUCGUUACCUUUGAUUCUGAGAGCCAGGCACGCAAGGCGUUGAAAGCCAUGAAUGGCAGAGGUAGGGUUAUUGAUGACAAUGGGCUUCCAAGAUUGAGCACGUCCAAUACCUGCAAGCAAAGAGAAAAAGCUUACUGAGUAUGUCGUUCAAUACGAAGAUAUUUGUAGGAAUAAAUUGGUUUCAAUACGUUCUAUAUCUUAGUGAAUGAAUCAUGAUCCUUGUUGGAGUUCACUGUGAGAUAUUUUUAUUAAAUCUUGUGAAUUUCAGUUUACUAGGAUUUGAAAGUCUUGUCUCCUUGGUGGAUAGUCAUAACGAUAUCAUUUAUUCUUUUAGAACUCUAAUAUGUCUUUCUCUCAGAUUUUAGUGUGCUCAAUCAAUAGUCAAAUCUGAGUUACACUUUUUAUCAUAUAUCUUUCCCAUAUAUAUCAUUCAUUGAGACCAAGCACAUAGGGAAAAAACAGAAAAAGACCAAAAAAGAAGUAAAAUGUAAAGGGUUAAAAAUUACAGUACCUGCAAGCAAGGGGAAAAAGCUUAAAGAGGACUCAAGGUCGGGAGUUCCACUCCAAUGCCCAAGUUAGAUAUCUCAUUCAAUGAGAGGAUUCAUAGGAAUAGGUUAGGUUUUCAUACCUGCAAGGGUAUAUUGUAGUAGAGGAAUCAUGAUGCUUUUGAGUCCAUUAGGAGAUUGAAGACUACUUGCAACAGAUUUCACGAUCCAUGUUAACUUGUUACUAUUGUGAUUUCUAUUCCUAUUAGGAUUUGAAGUCAUGUCUCAUGUUGGGAUAUCUAGGCAAAAUUACUUGUUCUACUAGAAUUCUUCACAUGCCUUUUGCUCAAGCUUCAAUAUGCUCAUGCAGUCUGAGAUACACUCUGCUAUUGGAUACUGUGCAUAGUUAUUAAAGGCUCAAUGCAUAGGCCUAGGUGCACUAAGGUGCAAGGCAUAGGCACUGCAAUGAGGUGACACUCAAAAGAUAAAAUUUACUAAACAAAAAAUUUUAGAUAACGAAUAAACAGAGUGCCUAAGUAACAUGGUAAUAUUUCUCUUUUUUUUUUCUAAGACAUAUACGCCAUAUGAUUAAGAAACAAAAAUACUUAAAUAGCAUUAUUGCCAAUGUCAUAAAAAUUAUUCACAUAGCACUGUCAGUGGUGUUUAAAAAGUAUAAUUUUCAAAUAAACUAGAAAUUAAGGAGUCCAAAAAGCAGUUAAGAUGAUUAUGGUGAUAAAGAUAAUAAGAAAAUAUCAAAAACAACAUAUGGGGAGACAGGUUAAAAGUGACUAGUUAUCACUAGUGAUGUUAGUUUUUAAACUUCUUAAUCAUCAAUACUUUAGAAUGGUAGACUUGCAAAAAAUUCGAGUGUGGGGUCAUCUUGUCAGUGGAAGUAUUUACUGAAGGUGGAAAUAAAGGUGUGCCUCCCCAGAGCCCUACACCCAGAACGAGGGACAUGCUUAGGUGCAGAAGGCGUUAGGAUUGGAGGCUUGGAGUGUGGUGAGCCUUGAGCCUUGAGCCUGAGACGUGCCUUUAAUAGCUAGGGUACCAAGUUUGAGAGCUUCGGAUAUCUUAUCUACAUACAGUUUCUCAUUGCUAAUUUUGAUGCAAGAACUGUCAAAAUUUUCUUUAGCUUUUACAUACAGCAGAUUAGUUUUGUGGACAGAAAGUUCCCUGAAAAGAAAUUUUGCUUCACUUGGUCUUGCUUUAAUGGUAAAGUAUGCUUUCCUUGUAUUUUCUUUUUUGAAUUUUUUUUAAGGUUAUUUUACAUCCAUUACAAAUGAUAUGCAUCAAAUUUUUAGUGAAAACUGAACAUAUUGGCGGAUAUAUUAUUUGCUUGUUAGGUUUUCUGCAUGUUCUUGUUAGCUUGUCAAAGGAGGCAUGGAGUUUGGUGAUCUAGGUCUUCCUUGUAGCUAUUAAUGCCCAAAGCAAGAGAUUAUGUUAAUUCUUCUGUUUAGUUACAAAAAAUCCGAUGAUUUGGUCAUGCUAGUAAUUUUAGGGAAUGCUACUGCAGAUAACUAGGAUGUAGUGUAAAUCCUAGAUGCAACAUUUGCAAAUAUAGUUUUUUUACGUUUUCCAUUGUCUGAGCACUAGCUGAUGUUUGCCCUGCUAUAUUUCUUUUUUUCUUUUUUUUUU